AAUUAAUACAGAUUCUGAAGAUCCAUUCAAGUUACAGAAUGUCAUUUAUAAGAUCUACCGCUCUCCUGCUUCUAUGUGCCAUUGUCACAUUGGCUAAUGCACUGUCUGCCUGCCCUGAGAUAGGUGGCAUUGAUAUCCCUACCAGUGGCUAUACAGUGAAUGUCUCAGCAAGUAGUAUUACCAGUGACUUUGUUUACACAGUACACUUUACAUCAACUAACCUCACAAAUGGCACAGUGCUCUUACAAGUUCUAUCAAACAAUACCCCUGUGGGCACCUGGUCAUCAUUACCAAAUGGCUUUGUAACUUGUACUGGAGGCAUUUGGGGUAAUUUCUCAUCUAAUGACACCUCAUUUACAGCAAAUUGGACAUCACCAAUAUUGCUAAACUCUGCUUCCGUCAAAUUUAGUGCUUUAAUCAAUGACACAAAUGGAGCAUUUCAAGUAUACACAAAUGUGUCAGUUGCUUCUGUAACAUCUACAGCUUCUACCAAUACAAAUACUGUAACUACCCCAAGUACCUCAAAUACUACAAGUUCCACAAACACUACAAGUUCUACAAGUACCCCAAGUACCUCAAAUACUACAAGUUCCACAAACACUACAAGUUCUACAAGUACCCCAAGUACCUCAAAUACCACAAGUUCCACAAACACUACAAGUUCUACAAGUACCCCAAGUACCUCAAAUACCACAAGUUCCACAAACACUACAAGUUCUACAAGUACCCCAAGUACCUCAAAUACCACAAGUUCCACAAACACUACAAGUUCUACAAGUACCCCAAGUACCUCAAAUACCACAAGCUCCACAAACGCUACAAGUUUUACAAGUACCGCAAGUUCCACAAACACCACAACAAGUACUGCAAAUUCCACAAGUACUACAAAUGGCACAACUGCCACAACUGUCACUACCAAGCCUGCUACAAGUGGAGGACCACCAAAUCAUCUAGCACCUAUGUUUUUCACUUUGAUGGAAACGCUCUUUUUUUUUGUGGUCACUAGCAGAUUUCUGGCCUAAAUCAGAAUUGAAAACAAAUCAAUGAUUUUACGGCUAUAUUCAAAUUACAAUCCAAUCCACAGGAUCUUGCUGGCAGCAAUAUCAUGUCUUUUAAGCUGUCCAACCUAUCUGCUCAUGUAACAUUUGUGUAAUGUGUUCAUGCAUACAAGUGUAAUACAGCCUAUUGGUUGCUAAGACACAAGCAGUAUUAGACGCCUGGCAGCCGUUGUUGCUAGGCUGCAGACAGCUAUUGUCGCCUAGUGGGAUUCUUUGCUAGGACUCUGCUCUUGUACACCAAUAGAGUACAGUUGAGCUGUAUGUAUGCACACUUUAGCACAAAUGUUUACAUGCAUUAAGUGUAAAAUAAAGUCCAUACACAGAAACGUGGAUGCAGAAUUUUCUAUUUUGAUUUUACAGAUCUGAAUGUAGCGCAAGUUUACUGAUAUUGGCACAGCUGUGUGCAUGGAGCCGUAAAAAAACAUACAUCGGACUUCAGAUCCAUAAACAAAAAUAGAAAAAAAUGUUUUUUUGUGGUCAUGUGCAUUAUCUCCAACUGGUAGACUGUAUAUAUUCCCAAUUUAUCUAAAGAACAUUUGGAUUUAUAUUGUGUUCAUGAUGCAAAGGUGCAAUCCAAUAAUUUGUAAAAAUAAAGCCUUGAGAUACCUCCCUACCCAUCAAGGGCUUAUGUCUUUCAUACAGGUGUUGCAAUACAUCUGGCCACCUUUCCCUAGCAAUGUUGUGUACUAAUCUAAAUGUAAUCUUCUGAGAAAGCUUCUCUUUCUCUCUUUGAAAGUGUUGUGAAGUAUUCCUAAAGCUUAUCUCAAAGGACAACAAAAACCUUUCCUUGCAUUGGGGUUGCACUAUACUGCACAGGCUAAAUACUUGUUUAUGUCUGAGGUACUGAGCAGCUGUACUGUACUCGUCUGAUCCCCUGCAUCCUCCAGUCCAAUGAAGGGCAUGCGACCAUUGGAACAUAUCGUAUAAGAUGCUGUGGACACUGGCUGGUCUUACAGCCUGGAGGAAACCUGCAGGACAGGGUCCAAAUCGGGGGAAAAAAUUGUGUUUGCUAGUACCUUGGCAUAAACAAUGGUAUAACCUUUGCACUGUAGGGGCGCUCCACUGCAAGGAAGGAUUUUCAUUUUCCACAAAAUUCAGAUUUAAAGUGUUAUUAAAGGUUUUUUUGUUUUUUAAAUAACAAACAUGUUAUACUUACCUGCUCUGUGCAAU